CGUCUUUUUACCGACACGACUUUCGCCCUCGGUGCACCCCGCGCUUCGCAGGCCGUCUCAAUUGCCUGCUUCACUUCGUCGGCCCCCCCAAGCUGGUCGACCACUUCCUGGGAGAGUUUGAGCUCUCUGCUGUUGACGUUGCUCCCGAUUUGCAUUGUGCUGCGAAAGUUCCAGUCUGGCGCCGCCGCACCUAGGUUCUUGAAGCACUCCGCUGCCGCCAGACAAGGGGCGUCGGAGGGGAAGGCUAGGUAGAACAAGGGUGAACGGAUUCCGUGCCCUCGUCGUCCUCCAGAGAAUAUCUAACCAGGACGUGGCGGGGCAGGUCGGUUAGGCUGGAGAUCCUCAGGCUCUACGUACGUUUUAAUAUCUCUAUAGGCUUGUGCAGUGCUCAGACUCGGAGGCAGACGUUAAAUUGUCAUUUAGCAGGCGCUGCCGGGAGCCCAUGUUGCCCUGCCGCCUCAGGCUGUGGGCAGCUGCGAAGCAAGAAAGGUGGCGGCACGGUGGCUGCAUCAGAGCUAGAGGAGAAUUCUGAAUCGUCGUUGUAUUGAUACCUAUGCUGGAAAUAUGACGCUUCUUUCCUAUUGUGGAUACGCCCUCAUUGGUUUGGGACCAGCGGGGGUUCUGCUUGGCACAGUUCUACGGAAACCAUUUCUUCUUAUAGUGGUCCUUGCCAGUGCAUUUUUCUGGCUCCUCACUUUGAUGCUCAUUGGAAUACCGGCGAAGUUGCUUCUGGUUGCGGAAGGAUCGUCUCCACUUCUGGUCUUCCUCCUGCUGUUGUCUGUGUCAGUCCAAGAAAGCGUCCGAUGGAUUUACUGGAGACUAUGCAGGUUUACAGAAAGUGCACUCGAUGCUUUAGCAGAGAAGCAAUCAAAGGCAAAGCUAUCUGCUUUGGACAAGCUUUCCAUCUACCUUGCGAGCGGCCUGGGCCAUGGUCUUGCUCAUUCUGCCAUGUUCUUCUUGGCCCUUCUCACUCCAACGCUUGGGGCUGCCACGUACUACCUGGAGGGUUGCCCUGAGGUGCCGUUCUUCUUAGCAGCAGUUUUGGCCUCUCUUGGCUUUCUGGUUCUGCAUACUUUCUCGAUGGUGGUCGCACUCGAUGGCUAUGCAAGGAAGAAGCCGAAGCAGGUGCUUUUCGUACUGGGCCUUCAUUACGCCGCUGCUUUACUGAUGAUAUCAAGUACCUUAGCUUCAGGUUGCGCCUUCAGUAUUACAAGCUCGUUGUGUUGCGGGUUUGUGUCGUUAGUAGCAUGUGCUUUCUUGCUUUGGCAUCGGACAAGCGGUUAUGUGCCCUUGAGUAUUGAGCCAUCAUGAUCCACGAACUCCUCGCACCGGUGGACCUUUCGACUACUGAUGACCCGCUAUGAUCUUCCUUACCCUCUCCAUGCCAG